AUGAGUUGGAUGCUUCUCAAAGACCUCCUAAGUGGACCAAAUAAAUAUUCAACUAGGAUUGCACAUAUUUGGCUGGCUAGUAUAUUCAUCUUCUGUUUGCUGGUCCUCAUAGUAGCUGCACAACACGUGUGGAAGGAUGAACAGAAAGAGUUUAUUUGCAACAUUAGACAGCCUGGUUGUGAAAAUGUGUGUUUUGAUUACUUCUUCCUUUCCCAGGUCAGACUUUGGUCCUUGCAGCUAGUCACAGUCUCCACACCUUCUAUCUUAGUGGUUCUUCAUGUGGCCUACCAAGAGGGCAGAGGAAACGGGCAAAGAAAGAUGCUCUAUGUCAGCCCGUGAACCAUAGACGGGGCCCUGUGGUACGCUUAGGUGAUCAGUCUCAUUGUUAAAACUGGUUUUGAAAUUGGGUUCUUAUUUUAUAAACUGUGUGAUGCCUUUAAUAUUUCUUAUCUUAUGAAGUGUGAAUUGAAACCUUGCCCCUACACUGUGGAUUGCUUCAUUUCCAAACCCACGGAAAAAACCAUUUUUAUCUUCUUCUGGGUCAUUACUUCAUGUUUGUGCAUUGUGUUGAAUUUCGCUGAACUAAGCUUUUUGGUUCUUAGGUGCUUUAUUAAGUGCUAUUUCCAAAGAAAUUCUAAAACAUUCAAGUCCUCAGUGUGUGACUGUCACAAUCUCAAGCACAUUGAAUGUGGUGAGAUAGGGGAUCCUCAACUACUCCAGAAUCAUGGACAUAAAUAUACUCCAGAAACCUGA